UACCGGCACGUGUAUUUGACAUUUAUGUACAAAAAUUAGAAAUGGAAGAAAAUUGUUCAAAUAAUAUUAAUUUUGUUCCUUGCGUGAGAUGGGUCAAACGAGGCGUAGCUAAUACAAACCCAACAAAGGUACAGUUGUCUAAAGAAGAAUUGAUACAAAUCAUUAAGGAUACAAAAGAAAAGCUAAAUGUGACGCAGAACAGGACUGAGGAUGAAUCAAUGGAAGGAGAAUCGUCUACUGCUGAUACGUAUAACUUUGAAAAUUAUGACGAGGAUGAUGAAGCUAACACAGCCUCAGUGCUUGGCAUAAGUUCAUUAGCUGAAUUACCAACAGAAGCUGAGGAUAAUUUUUCAGAAUCGGAUGAUUCGGAGAAAGAAGAUGACGUUAUUAAGCCAACUGAUAAUUUAAUUUUAGUGGGACAUGUCGAAGGAGAUGCAAGUAUUCUAGAAGUAUAUAUAUAUAAUGAAAUAGAAGAGUCCUUGUACGUUCAUCACGAUUUAAUUUUGCCUUCAUUCCCUCUGUGUUUGGAAUGGCUAAACUACGAACCUAAAAUGCCUUCUGGCAACUACUGUGCAGUUGGCUCGAUGUCUCCUAUAAUAGAAGUGUGGGACAUUGAUUUAAUGAAUGUAGUAGAACCAUCCUUUACAUUAGGCAGGCCGGCAAGUGUGAAAAAGAAUCGUCCUCACAUUGGCCACACGGAUGCGGUACUAGCUCUGGCUUGGAAUAAAAUUUAUGAACAUGUUAUGGCGAGUGGAUCAGUCGAUCAGAGUAUAUUGUUGUGGGAUUUGGAGAAAAAAACACCAAAUACAACGAUAAAUGCUUUUCAAGAGAAAGUUCAGUGCUUAGAAUGGCACAGGCUUGAAGCGCAAACGUUACUGGCAGGUGGUUGUGACAAUACAGCAAAAGUUUUUGAUUGCCGCACGCCGAACACUUAUCAAACAUGGCAGAUAGACGGUGAGGCAGAAAGGGCAAUCUGGAACCCGCUUCAACCUUUUAUGUUUUUGGUCGGUACAAAUAAGGGGUCAGUACAAGGUUUCGAUUGUAGGAAAGGUCAAUUGUGGUCAUUAGAAGCCCAUUCGAAGGAAGUAACAGGAUUAGCUGUCAGUGGGCAGUGCCCCGGUUUACUGGUUACGGCUUCUCAAGAUGAAACGGUCAAGACCUGGGACUUUUCGGAAGAAACGGUGCCGAGAUUAGUUCACGAGAAAGAGUUCAAUAUGGGCAGCAUUCACUGCUUGGAGUUGUGUCCAGAUUCACCAUUUGUUAUUACACUAGGAGGGGAUAAGAAAUCUAAUAAUUUCACUGUAUUCGACCUUCAAAAUAUUGAUGUCGUAACUCACACCUUUGGUUCGAGAGAAUUAGUUCAGUUAGUUUCAGAAACGAAUAAUGCAGAAUCGAAUAACGCAAGCAGUAGUUAAUUAUCGACAGUUCUUAUAAAACAAUAUAUUUUAAUAAUUUGCCAAC